CCGUCUUUCGCUUUCGAUAAACCUUGUCGCUACUGUUCAUGUCCCAAUUUACUCUUCCCGUCCGAUCACUGGAAAUAGGAUUUUAUUUCUUUUUAUCCUUUUCGAAUUCCGUUCAAUAAAAAAACCUAAUCUUCUUCUCGCUUCGACGGCGAUCACUCUACGCUGCUCUAUGGUGCACCUGUUGUAGUUUGUGCUGUCAUUUUAGAAUUUUAAAUUUGGCUGUCAUGUGCAGUAGUUCUAUGAGUUUUUCAAGUAUUGCUUUGUUUUCUGGAUCUCUAACUCAGAGUGCUUGGAGAAAUUAAUGGAAUGGCGGCCAGUAGCAAAUUUGAUCUAUCUUCUGGUAAUUCUGAUAGGCCAACUUACCCUAGCAUGCAGCGUGGGAUGUACACCGGUGCUUCUUUAGACAGGUCGGGUAGCUUCCGUGAAGGCAUGGAUAAUCGACUCCUUUCAGCAUUACCUAGCAUGUCAAGAAGUAGUUCUUCAGUAAGUCAAGGGGAUGUGAUGAAUUUUUUCCAUGGCUUGCCUUUCAACACAAAAUUUAUGGCACCAGACAAUAGAUUCCCUAGACAAGGAGAAGUUAAAAGAGUCAUAGCUUCUGCUCUUGGUGUUUCACCAGAUGAUUCUCCAUCUGUAUCUUUAAAUGGCAAGCCAUUGCCUGCCUCCUCACUGGAGGAGCUCAAACGGGUGAGAGCUAAUAUCAGUGAGAGUUCCGACAAGGCUAGGGAACGAUCAAAAUCCUGGGAUGAAUUUCUAUCCAAAUUUGAUAAGUGCUUCCCAAGCAUCUCACCAAAGAAGCGAUCUCGAGUAGAUGUCUCAUUGAGUGACCGAUCCACUAUGCCAUUACCUGGGGAUCGGGCAGUUCUUGGAGGAAAUAUAGCUAAACUGGGCACCCAAAGUCAUGCAAUGCCAAGUAGUUUUGAUCUUGAUACACAGAAGCUAGAAGAAAGAAGUCAAAGAACCAAAACUGCUUUACCCAACAAACGAAUCCGGACCUCUAUGGUUGACAUACGGGCUAAUGGCCUUGCCAGGCCUCCUGUGGCCAUGGAGAGGGAUAAAGAAACGUACCGACUUGCAAAUAAUGGUGCAGUGCAGUCUGAAGAUAAAGACCGGACAUUAUCUAUUGGUGUAGAUGGUUGGGACAAGUCAAAGACAAGGAAGAAACGCUCUGGGAUAAAAUCGGAUGCUUCUAUGAGUACAGUGUUGACGAGAAACAUUGAUGGAGAUCGGGAAUCCAAACGGACCGUGCAGCAAAGGCUUGUUACUGAUGCACGACUAAAGCUGAGUAAUGUCCAUGGUUUUAGGUCUACCCUUGCUAAUGGAGCCGCAGGAGUUGGAAAAGUAGAUGUGACCUCUCAACAAAAUGGCCUUGGCUUUCGUUCUUCCUCCACUAGGACUGAUCAGGACAAUGGCUUCUUUCCCAAUGAUAGAAAAGAUCGUUCUGUUGGUUCUGAAAAGGAGAGGCUCAAUCUCAAAGCUGUUAAUAGGUCAAAUGUUCGUGAAGAUAUUUUUAGCUCUAGCCCCAGUUCAAUUACAAAAUUGAGUGCAUCUGUCAGGGCACCACGAUCAGGUCCUUGUAUCAUACCUAAGUCAUCACCUAGUGUCCAUCGAGCAAUUGGAGUUCCUGAGGAAUGGGAGCUUUCACAUUGUAUGAACAAGAUCCCAGCUGUUGUUGGGGCUAGCAAUAAGAAACGUCCCCCAUCAACUCGUUCUUCAUCACCACCUGUAACACAAUGGGCUGGGCAAAGGCCCCAAAAGAUAUCUCGUGUUGCAAGAAGAACAAAUCUUGUCCCUCCUGUUCCAAUUCUGGAUGAGAGGCCAACUUCAGAUACAGGAUCCCAUGUUGUGGGUAAUGAAAAUGAACAGGGCUUCCCAAGACGCUUGUCCAGUAAUGUUUCUCAGCAAGUUAAAGUAAAAGGUGACCUUUUAUCUUCAGCUGCGUUAUCAGAAAGUGAAGAGUCAGGAGCUGCUGAAGUCAAAUCCAGAGACAAGGGAAAGAAAUCUGGUGAGCCAGAUGAGAAAUCUGGACAAAAUGUUCAUAAGGUUUCAACUCUAGUAUUGCCAUCAAGAAAGAAUAAAAUGUCCACUGAUGAAGAUCUUGGUGAUGGUCUUCGGAGACAGGGAAGAACUGCACGGGGUUUCGCUUCAACAAGGUCUAGCUUGCCAAUUUCUGUUGGGAAGCUUGAUAAUGUGCGCACUGCUAAACAGCUCAGAAGUACAAAGCUUGGUCUUGAGAAGACUGAAAGUAAAGCAGGCCGCCCACCGACUAAGAAGCUGUCUGACCGUAAGGCAUAUAAACGUCCCAGGUUUGCCAUAAAUGGUGGAGCCAUGAAUUUUCAAGGAGGACCAGAUGAUGGCCAUGAAGAACUACGGGCUGCUGCAAAAGCUGCUAUAAAUCCCACUCAUGCUUGUUUAAGUUCAUUCUGGAGACAAAUGGAGCCUCUCUUUGGUUUUGUGUCAGCUGAAGAUGUAAUUUAUUUGAAGCAGCAGAUUUCCCACAUCAAUAAAUCUGCCAUGGAUUUGCAUGUCAGUACUAGUCAAAACUUGAAGGGUGAUUUUGGAACUAGUUUUCUGGAACCAACUGUGAGCCCUAUCAGUAGAGAUGAUUGUGGUACUGUCAUGAAUGCAGUUGGAUCAAUUGAAUGUGAGAAAGAUAUAGUGUUAAUGAGUGAAAUAAAGCCUGAUGAAUUUUUGUCAGAACAGUUCUUUCUGGGAAUAAGGGAUCAUAAUAUGAUUCCGCUUUCCGAAAGGCUCAUUGCAGCUCUAAUUUCAGAGGAAGAGUAUGAUGGAUCUUGUUCUAUAGGAGAUGAUGACGUCAAGUUCAAUAUUUAUGGAACUAACUCUGAGCUGGAUGAAGAGUUGAAAUCCAGUAGUUUGAGUCAACCAGAAUUGGGAAACUUUCAGACAGUUGCACGUGGUGCUUCAAAUGGCUAUAGGAUAAGGGCCACACGGGGAUACCUUGACCAAAUGGAACAUAGUGACCCAGGAAAUGUUGAUUUACUGGCAGCUCCAACUUCUGGAAUAGUCUCCUGGCAUUCUUUAAAUGGCCUUCAACCAAAUAAAGCAGUGAUGCCUGUCAAGGCUUGUACUGAACUUCAGUAUGAAAAGAUGACCAUGAAUGAAAGACUUCUCUUGGAGCUUCAGAGUAUUGGCAUUUUCCCAGAACCAGUGCCUGACUUAGCACAGAGAGAAGAUGAUGAGAUCCGUGAAGACAUUAGCAGAUGCAAGGAGAAGCUUCAAGAUCUGGUUAACAAGAAGAAGACAUUACUUGUUGGGCUGGAAAGUGCUGUCACAGAGGCAAGAGAAUCUCAAGAAAGAGAGAUUGAACGUAAUGCCCUUGACAGACUUGUUGGAAUGGCUUAUGAAAAAUAUAUGUCUUGUUGGGGCCCUCAUGCGUCUGGUGGAAAGAGUUCAAGUAGCAAAAUGGCUAAGCUUGCUGCCUUAUCUUUUGUUAAACGAACACUAGAACGAUGUCAGAACUAUGAAGAUACAGGCAAGAGCUGCUUUAAUGAGCCCGUGCUCAAAGAUUUGUUUCGCUCUGUGUCUACCCGCCUCAACGAUGCUGAACGCAUAGAUGCAAUGACUGAGGGGGAACCUGCCAAUCCUUGUGGUGACACUCCUACCCGUUCUUCAGAAGUUAGGGUUUCAGCUUCCAUGGGCUUGCCUCCGACCCCUUGUGAAACUUCACGCUUAAGGCAGAACAUAGAUGCCUGUGAGAAGGAUCCUUUUGAUGACUUUCAGUCAGGAAAUCACCUAUCUGAACCAACUACUGGUAAAGAAGAAAUGUGGAUGAGUAGAGUGAAAAAGAGGGAGUUAUUGCUGGAUGAAGUUGUUGGAGGAACUGGUGGUUCUUCUCUGAGAACCCCAUCAGGUAUCAGGAGUGCUCUUGUAAGUGGUACAAAAGGAAAGAGGAGUGAGAGAGAGAGGGAGGGAAAGGGGCACAACAGAGAUCUGUCCUCUAGAAACGGCACUGGUAAAAUUGGUCGCCCAGCUUUAGGCAAUAUCAAAGGUGAAAGGAAGCCAAAAACAAAGCCUAAGCAGAAGACAACUCAUUUGUCGGCUUCUGUCAAUAAUCUUCUUGGUAAGGCUUCAGAGCUACCCAAAGCUGUAUUGCUCCCAGUCCCGAAGGCGUGUGAGAUGGCCAGUGAUAGAAAUAUCAAGGAAAAUGAUGAGUUGGCCUUGGAGACAUUGAAUGACCCUGAAAGCAUUGAUUUUUCAAACCUGCAGCUACCUGGAAUAGAUGUACUUGACGGGCAAGGCCAAGAUAUUGGUUCAUGGUUGAAUAUUGAUGAUGAUGGAUUGCAAGGCGACGAUUUUUUGGGCCUUGAGAUUCCAAUGGAUGACCUUUCCGACUUAAACAUGAUGGUUUAAAUUGUCUGCUCUGUAUAUUUCUGUGCAUUAUACAAAGUUAAUACAUACAAGUUAAACAAAAUAUAGGUACCAUUGUCAAGAAAAGAUUGGUUACAUUGAUGGUCAUUUUGCAGCCAGGUCUUUAAGUAGGCUAUAGAUUCUUUCGAGGACUUCGGCAGAAUUUUGUUUUGGAACAGACCUUUGAGGCGUUGUGGAAUUUUGCCCCACUAGUUGGCAUAUUUUGACUGUAUAGAUCUUUUGUUUCAAUGUACAAGCUUUAAAUCCCUAGGUUGCAAUAUGGUAGUUGGCACUGAUACUGAUUGUAGCAUUUUUUAACCAAAGAGCAGAGCCAAUUGUACACAAAUUUUACAUGUGUAAUAAAUUGAGGUUUAUUUGA